GGUCAACCUAACCCAACUUUUUAUGCAAUAUCAAAACAAGAAUAUUUUGUGAUGUUUUAAUUGUUACGUUAAAUUAAUAUUUCUUAAAAUGUUUGAAAGAACAUUUACCGUUAAAUAUUUAACGUUAAAAAAAUGUUUUUGUUAUAUAUCCGAUAAACAAACUAGGGCGAUUGACCAAGGAAGUGCUGUUAAAUUAACUAGUGGAACAAGCACCUUUUAUUUUACAGUAGGAAGCUUUUUAGGUAAUUUAAAGGAAACUGAGAUUGGAAUCAAUGGAAUUUAUGCCAAAGCUUUGGGUCUUAAAGAAAAAGAUCCUGUCAUAUUUAGUUUAUGUAGCAAACCCAUUCCUGGUGUUAAAACACUGGAUAUAACACCCCCUAAUAAAGAUGAUUACGAAAUUUUGGAAUUAAUGGCUAAUGAUGUACAAUCAACUUUAUUAAAUCAAUUAAGGAUUGUUCAAAAUAAUCAAAAAGUUGUGAUUUGGAUAUCAAAUUCUUUAAAUGUCAUAGUUAAUGUUGAUGGUGUAAAGCCAGUAUCUCCAGGGCGUCUCGACCAGUUAACCGAAGUGGUCAUUAAACCACCAGUUGUUCACACCAACCCCAAGAAAGUCGAUGCAAAAGAGAACGGCGGUGGCAUAUGGAGCAUAAAUGGUUUCCUCAAAUAUUUCGCGCCUAACAAACCCGUCCAAGAAGAGAGUAUUCUCGACAUUUACAAAGCGAUCGGUGUUCCCUUUGUGUUUCGUCUCCACCCCUUGGCGGACGUCCUUCGUUGUCCUAGUCCUAAUCUGGCAAACAAUACCAGUAAGAACGUUUUUAAUGUUUACGCGUCGAAAAACGUGUUACCUCGAUGUGUGGAAAAACGGGAGGAUUUAGUUUUUUCCUUCCGCCCGAUUUUGCCACCAAGAGAUUUUAAAUACACCGAUGAUAAUGAUGCGGUUAAUGAUAUUUUGGUCCGGUUGUGUUUAUUGGAUGAUACUAAAAAUGUUAUUGGUGAUGGAAAUGAAUAUUUUAAACCGUUAUUUGUUGAUGAAGGAAUUUUUAAACAUUAUGAUGUUGAGGUUGGAUCGAAGGUUCUAUUGAGACAUAUUGAUAAAGUUGAGGAAGUGAAUAAAAUUGAGAUAUGCACUAGUAAAGGAUUUGUCAAAGAGAUUAAAGAAAAAUUUAAAUUUUAUAUCGGGGAAAAUUGUAAAGAUGGGAAAUUGAUUCUUAAUUCGAAUUUUGUUAUAAAUAUUUCUGAUGAGCAUCAAGUUUUGCUAAAAUUUACACCGAAUGAUUUAAAAUCGUGUUUUGUUGAUAGCGAUUUUAUAAGAAAUGGUCAAUUAACUGUUGGUGAAUUACAAUUACCUGAUUUUUCACCAAAAGUAAUUGAUAAAAUCGAAAAAUUUGAUGAGAUUUGUUUGGAUUUUUCAAAUUUUAAAGAAAUUUUGGAUGGGUGUUAUACUUGUUGGAAUAUAGGAUGUAAAGAUAUUAAUAAUUUGGAAAAUAUUCUUAUAACUGGUAAACCUGGUUGUGGAAAAUCAACUUUAGCACAAGAAUUUUCUAAAAAAAUAUCAACAUCGCCUAUUUAUAUUCAUGUCGAAACCAUAUCUUGUAAAGAAAUUAAAGGAAAAACUGUAGAUUCUUUGCACAAAUUUUUUGAGGGGAAAUUUAUGAAACUGGUUUAUUACCAACCAAGUUUAUUAAUUUUGGACGAUUUACAUGUUAUUUGUGAGAACGUUAUUGACGGAGCAGAACCGACACAACAAAGUUUAUUAUUUAAUAGAACGAGCGAAAUCUUGGCAUCUUUAUUCAACGAUCUUCUAAAAAAACAUUUCAUUCAAAUUAUCGCAACGGCAGAGUCAACUUUAAAAUUAAAUAAAAACAUUUUCGAUUCAAGAGGAGUACAUUUUUUCAAAAAUAUAUUCACAAUUAAAGAACUGAACAAAUUAGAUCGAAUAAGUUUAUUAAAAUUUGCCUUUGAAAAAGAUACAAACAUCGAGGAUGUUGAUCUCGAAAAUUUAAGCUCAAAAACUGAAGGAUAUGUUGCUCAAGAUUUAGUUGAUCUAGUUAAUAAAUGCAUUUUCGAAUCAUACAAAGAUGAACUCGCCACCGUCAAUAAUGACCACUGUUUAAAAGCUUUAGAAGCAUCAUCUUCGUUAUCUUUAAGAAACGUUCAAUUACAUACUCCUGGCAAUCGAGAUUUUUCUGAUAUCGGUGGAUUAGAAGACGUUAAAAAAGUUUUAAUUGAAAGCAUGUUAUGGCCCGCACAGUACGCAAAUAUAUUUGCAAACGCCCCUUUGCGGUUACAAUCGGGAUUACUGUUGUAUGGUCCGCCUGGUACGGGGAAGACGAUUUUGGCAGGUGCUGCAGCUAAACAAUGUAAUCUCAGGCUAAUUUCCAUAAAAGGUCCUGAACUACUGUCGAAGUACAUUGGGGCGAGUGAGCAAGCUGUGAGGGAUGUCUUUGAGAAAGCCCAAAGUGCGAAACCUUGCAUUUUAUUUUUCGAUGAAUUUGACAGUUUAGCACCUAGACGUGGCCACGACAAUACCGGUGUAACGGAUAGGGUAGUGAAUCAAUUCCUGACACAAUUAGACGGGGUUGAAUCCUUGACGGGCGUCUGUGUCCUCGCGGCGACUUCCAGGCCUGACCUUCUCGAUCCAGCCCUUCUUAGGCCGGGCCGACUUGACAAGCAGAUCUUGUGCCCCCUUCCCGAUCAGCCGGCGAGGUUAGCAAUUUUAAAAUCAUUAUCGAAAACGCUUAACUUUUCAAAUGAUGUCGAUUUGGGGGAGAUUGCUUCUACGACUCAUGGAUUUUCUGGAGCUGAUCUUCAAGCAGUUUUAUAUACCGCCCAGAUGAGCGCUGUAGAACAUUUAUUAGAUGAUCCAGUGGAUGAUGAGGACGUCGAUGACGAAACGGAAAUAAACCAGGGACAUUUAAAGGAAGCCCUCAAGACAACCAGGCCAUCUUUAACAUUGGAAGAUAGGCGUAAAUAUGAUAGAAUAUACGCCAAGUUUCAAGCAAAUGAAGAUCUUUUAGAGUUACAAGGGGGUAAACAACGAGCUACUUUAGCUUAAUGAUAUAUAUUAUAUAAAAAUGGGGUUGAAAAUUUAAUGGAUUUUUUAUUGUGGUUACAUUAAAUUUGUUUCUUGUUGAUGUACAGUUUCUAUUCGUUAUGUUCCUUUAUUGUAUUGAUUUGGUCCACUCGUAAGAGUCCAAUUUCGCCAAUCCAAUUAUAUCGUAACAGUUUGCUUUCUUUCCAUUACAAAGCGGUAUUUGGGGUAAAAACACUCGGUGUCUAUUCAAUUGUGGGA